UCCCCGCCCAGCAUAUUCCCUUCCACGCUUCCAUUCCACCACCACACUGAUCACGCGCCACCAGUCCACAAGCAACACCCAUGGCGCGCACCGGCGCCUCUGCUUCCCUCUUCGUGCUCGUCUGCUGCCUCCUCGUGGGUUCUGUCCCGGCGCGCCUACCCGUCGAGCUUCCGACGCAAGUAGUGCCCGACGCCGUUGACCGCGUGGCCGCCGCCGAGCCGCUUCUGGACAAGCAGUUGGCGGCUGCCGAGGCGGCCAACCCGACCAAAGUCCACUCCAUAACAGAGGAGGAGGAGAUGGUGGUUCACCCGGCCCGCCAGCUCCCCCAGAUCAUCCGGUGCGGCGGCGACGACGUGGCGAUCUCCGACGAGUCGCUGUCCUUCGGCGGCCAGGGCCACCAAGCGUUGAAGAGCGAGGUGCUGAAGGAGCACGGGCCGGAACAGGAGCGGCCCGGCGAGCACUCUUUCUCGGACACCGACAGCGACUCGGAUUCAGACGACGAGGACAAUGAGAAUGGGAUCAUGGCGUGGUUCUGGAGGCUGGCGCGUCGCUUCUGAUCGAUCAAGCUUGGCCGCCCAUUGUGCUGUGAUAUACUGUACUAGGUCUGUACUUGUGUACGCUUUUGGGAGUUUACCGCUCUGUACAUAGUAUAUUGAUGAAUACUAAUAAAUGGCAAUCGAGUGUUGUUGUA